GGUUCGGCCAACAGAUCGCAACGCCGCGAGGUGGCGACUCAGCAACGCAGGUAUUCUCUGUGGCGAGUGCUAAGACUUUUUUGUCGGGAGUGCUGUGUCGGUGCAGGGGGGGCUCAGUGAGCGGCAAGAAAAAAAAGAAACGAGUCGUGCUCCAUCUUUGGCGAUUCGUCGCGCCCAAGCAGGCAAACAAGCGCCCCCAACCAAGUGGACAGCGGCGACCCGAGCUACCGACUCCCCCGCCCGCGCACGCAGGAGGCUCACCGACCGCAGCAGCGAACCGGAGCGAUACCGCGUCGCAGUAAGCAGCAGCGAUGGCCCUGAAAAGAAUAAAAAAGGAACUCGAAGACCUCAAGCGCGACCCGCCGGCGCAGUGCUCGGCUGGCCCCGUGAACGACGACCUCUUCCACUGGCAGGCGACGAUCAUGGGACCGCCAGACAGUCCAUACCAGGGCGGCGUUUUCUUUCUGACGAUCCACUUCCCGACGGACUACCCGUUCAAGCCGCCCAAGGUGGCGUUCACGACGCGCAUCUACCACCCGAACAUCAACAGCAACGGCAGCAUCUGCCUCGACAUCCUGCGUUCGCAGUGGUCGCCGGCGCUGACCAUCUCCAAAGUGCUGCUGUCCAUCUGCUCGCUACUCUGCGACCCGAACCCGGACGACCCGCUCGUGCCGGAGAUUGCCCGCUCGUACAAGACGGACCGCGAGAAGUACAACGAACUGGCUCGGGAGUGGACACGCAAAUAUGCCAUGUGACCCGCCGAUCUGCUUGCUGGCUUUGCUGCUCAGAGAAGAGAGAGAGACUUUGUACAAAAAACCCGACGAGGGGGGCGACGCAGCGAGGACGGGAAGGCGAGCGCUUUUUGAGAGGAACCUAUCGAGAAACGAAGCUGGAUGGAAAAGCAGCAGCAGAGCAGUGGCUUUGUAGGAAGGGUUGGGCUGGGCGAGGAAAAAUAUACACACACAGAAAGGAGAAAAAAAAAGUGAUGAAAUCGUGGGCAGAAAAAAAAAAAAAAAAAGCGAGACGCCGCUGCCAACGCUGUUAGGCCUAACUCAAAUUUAGCACUCCCUUUCUUCAGCUGCUCGUAAUAUUAUUUUUCUUCUCUCUUUCCCUCACUCUUUGUCGGGUCGUCACACUCUCUGAGAGAAAAAAAAAAAAAGUCACCUCCGCAAAACAGCCCCUUAGAAGUCGAAGCCCAUCCUUUUAUCUUCAUUGUAUUUUUCUCUUGCCCCUCGGCUUCCCACUAGCGCUAUUUCUCUUUUCCUAUCAUCAAACCGCGUCGAACCCCCAUCUUCGCACGUUUUUUUUUUUCGGGGCUUGGUUUAUUUUAACAUCCAAAACAUUGCGGUUGUAACGUUAUGCAUGCUAGUUUCUUUCGGUCGCAUGACUGCCCACUUUUACUGAAUUGAUUGACGCCGCCUCAACAAUUGUCGCCGAACGAGUGGCCCUAGUUUUUUUUGUUUUUUUCCGCCACGUACCCAGUGAAUUUGACUUCCCAGUGUUUUCCUAGGACCUGUGUUACGUCCUUUUCUUCCCCUUCCCAUUUCUUAGUGCGUGUUUCUCAAAAAGACACAUUUUGUUCUCUUAGGACAUUAUAUUGCUCAUUUGUUUUGUGUGCAUGUGCUUCACACAGCCCGACCCUCUCGGACAUCCUCCCUAGGAUUUGUUUUCUUCUUUAGAAGUGAUACCGAGCCCUGUGUCCAACAUUAUCAGCGAGUGCGACAGUGGCAGUGCAUUGUUUGUGCUGCUUUGGAAAGAAAGGGUGCCAAGAUUGGAGUAGUGUGUCGCCACCCUUUUGCAGUGAAGCUUCUUGCCUCUGUCACCGCAUCUCCGCUUGUCAAAAUGCGUAACUUCUCGGAGCCCCAGCCGUUUUCCCGGUCUGCCACUCGACGACCCUUUCGAACCCAGCCGUCCCGUAUGACCUCUUCCCCCACCACUGACAGCAUCAUCGAUUUGGCCAUGCUUGUUUACUUCCCCUCUGGAUGCUUUGAAGCAGUCUGAAACCUGUUCUCUUGUCUCUCUCUUUCUUUUUUUUACUUACAUAAGUGCUGGAUUAUUAAAAGUAUUUUGUGUGUGAGGUA